UCAUCAGUGGAAGUCCUCUGUGUGGCUUUGUUCCUUCCCGCCUGAAGUCGUGAAACCCUAGGCUCCUUGGGAGUCAGACUAACUCACACCCCUUUCGGUCCGUCUCGACUCGACUGUCCGACAGUCAGGCCAGGAAAGGGAACUUGGCUGGACCCUUUGACAACCGUCUCCCCCUCCUCUGCUAAAGAGUCGUCAGCUUGCCUCCACUUAACCCGCCGUCCGUGUUGCGCAAACUUCCAGCUUCCAAGUUCAAGCUUGCAAACUUUAGCCGUCUUCGCCAAUUUUCGCCAACAUGGGUGCCGACGAGGAUCGCGAGCACAAGGUUAUAGUCCCUCCUAUUUCGAUCAAGGACGAGAUCGUCGAGACCGCAAAUCCGUUCCGCCAGCUGCUCGUCAUCGAAGAGGACCCGUUCCGGAAUUACCGGGACAAGAGCGCGGGAGAGCGCGCCAAGCUGGCUCUAUUCUACGUGUUUCCGAUCCUCGACUGGGGCUCCAAGUACAACUUCCAGGCGCAGUUCUUCGGCGAUGUCGUCGCCGGCCUCACCAUCGCCAGUCUCGCCGUGCCUCAGGAUCUGGGCUAUGCGGGUCUCGCCAACCUCCCCCCGAUUAACGGCCUUUACAGUAGUUUCCUGCCGCCAAUCGUCUACGCCAUUCUCGGUACCUCUCGCCACAUCGCCAUCGGUCCCGUCGCCGUGGUUUCGCUGCUGCUCGGCGAAUUGCUCGUCGACUACUAUGACCCGGUGAACCAGGCGAAUGAAUAUCUCAACCUGGCGAUCACGGCGACAUUUUUCGCGGGAAUUUACCAGCUGGCGAUGGGAAUUUUCCGACUCGGGUUCAUUAUCGAAUUUCUGAGCCACGCCGCGAUUGUUGGGUUCAUGUCCGGAGCCGCGAUCACAAUUGCGCUGCAGCAGCUGAAGGGGUUACUCGGUUACAAGAAUUUCACCCAGGACACGGAUAUCGUCAGCGUGCUUUCGUACGUCUUCAAGAACACGAGCCAGUUCAACUGGAAGGCGUUCGUCGUUGGCUUUUCCGUUCUCGUUUUCCUCGUUACGCUCCGAUUCCUCGCGUGGUACUUCGCCAAGAAGAAGCCCCUCGGGACCGUCUUCUUCUACGCCAACUGCCUGGGGCCGUUCCUUGCUGUCGUCAUCGUGACGCUCGCCGUGUGGGGCGCCAAGGCCAACAAGGCCAUCCCCUGCGUUAAGGAGAUGCCCAAGGGCCUCGCGAGUCUCGGCUCGCUCAAGCGGCUCCAGCUCACCGGAAAGGACGCUGGGAGCGCUGCUGUCGUCGGGCUGAUUGCCGGACUCGUCGCUCUCACUGAAGCGUCCGCCAUCGCGCGCACCUUUGCGUCGCUGGAAGGAUAUCACGUGGACGGCAACAAGGAGAUGGUUGCUCUCGGUGCAAUGAACAUCGUUGGAUCCUUCUCCUCCAGCUACGUCACCACUGGUUCCUUCUCCCGGUCGGCUGUGAACUACAACGCGGGUGGAUCCACCAUGCUCACAAACAUCGUUAUGUCGCUGGUCGUCCUCGUAACUCUCCUUUGGAUCACCCCCGUCUUCCAGUAUCUCCCAAGUGCUGUGCUAUCUGCAAUCAUUAUUGUGGCUGUGCUCGGGCUGAUUGACAUUCCCGCUGCCAUCAAGACCUUCAAGACUGACAAGCUCGACUUCCUGAUCCUUCUCGGAACCUUCCUCGGCAUCCUCUUUGACUCCGUGGAAACUGGUCUCCUUGUCGGCGUGUCCUUGGGAACGCUGAAGCUGAUCAUCCAGGUCACCAGGCCUCCGCUCUCCACGCUCGGUCUUGUACCGGGUACUGGAGUGUACCGUAACAUUAAGCAGUAUGACGGUGCUAUUGUUGAGGAGGGGGUGUUCGUGCUGCGCGUUGACGGCCCGGUGUACUUCCCGAAUGCCAACUACAUCCGCGAGAAGUCCCUGAGCCUCAUUGAGGAGCAUGACUUCAGCCACGACGUGAAGAUCACUCAUUUCAUCCUGGACUUCACCCCCGUGCCGGACAUUGACUCGUCGGGCACUACUUCGAUCGAGGAGCUGCACUCCAUCCUCUCUAAGAACAACGUGCAGCUCGGCAUCAGCAACCCGUCCAAGAUGGUGCUGCGCAAGCUUGCUGUCUCGGGCGUGCUGGACACCCUUGGGGAGGAGUGGCUCUUCCUCACCGCCAACGAGGCCGUCAAGUCGUGCCGCUCGUUCCGGGCGUCUGUGAAGGAUGUGUAGAGGCCUGUUAUCUAUGGUGGUCUAUGGAGGUCUGCUAUCUAUUUAUAGGUCGAGAUGAAGGGGUUAGGCUUGGGUGAUUUAUCAGUAAGCGCACAUGGGCAUGGGUUGGGCGGGGUAAUGUGUAUGCAACGUGCUAAUGGUUAAUAAUGCAUCACCAUUAAAACUGUUUUUAUUAAUGAGGCUGUA